AUGCAUAGUAUCCCGCACUCUGAGAAGCUUUUCAUCGGAGGGGACUUCAAUGGCCAUAUUGGGGCUAAUGCUAGGGGCUAUGAUGGCAUGCAUGGAGGAUUCGACUUUGGGGUUAGAAAUGAGGAAGGUACCUUACUGUUGGAUUUUGCUAGAGCUUUUGACUUAGUGGUAGCCAACUCGAGUUUCCCGAAGAGGAAGGAGCACCUGGUCACCUUUCGGAGCUCGGUGGCCAAGAUCCAGAUUGAUUAUCUUCUUUAUAGGAAAUGCGAUAAAGGUCUAAGCACGGAUUGCAAGGGAGUAACUAAAGAGAUUUUGGGGGUCAUGAAGGGUUAUUCUAGGGGUCAUAAAGGGGACUGGUGGUGGAAUGGAGAGGUCCAAGGUAAGGUGGAUGCCAAGAAAGCAACUUAUUUGAAGCUCGUGGAGAGUACAGACGAGGAGGAUAGAAAGAUAUAUCGGGAGUGUUAUAAGAAGGCAAAGAAAGAGGCGAAGUUAGCAGUUACGACGGUUAAGACUACGGCAUUUGGACGUCUGUACGAGGAACUCGAGGGCAAGGGCAGGGACAAGAAACUAUUCCGGUUGGCCAAAGUGAGGGAGAGAAAGGCCCGAGACGAGGAUGGCAGAGUAAUGAUAGACGAGCCACAUUUUAAACGAAGAUGGCAAGCAUACUUCCGUAAAUUAUUGAACGAGGAGGGGCACAAAAGCAUUAUGCUAGGUGAGUUGGAGCACUCUGUGAGUCAGCUGAUUUUGGAUAUUGUAGGCGUAUUAAGGUAG